GUCGUGAGUUUCUCUAGUGAAACCGCACUUUUCCAUCCGCUGUCUUCCUUCACGUUUAACGCCAACACCUCUGUUUCACAGAACGGUAAACUUGGGUACAAUCAUUUUCGAAAAGUACCAUGUGAAAGACAAUGAAAACGCAAAUAAUAAUCUUUGUAAACCAUUUUCUCUCGACGUUUACGUAGUCGUCGUCUUGGGACUUAACUAGCCAUGUCUUCUUUAACACUUGAGGCGUCUGCUUUCUAUGGCUUGAGGACAGAUGUAAAAGGCAAUGCUUUGUAUGUUACAAGUGAAAAAGUCUUAUAUCCAGCAGGCGGUGUCAUAGUUCUCCAUGAUUACAAGGAAAAAACUCAGCAGUAUAUAACACUUGAAGAGACAAAGAAAACUGUCACUAUCAUCUGCCUUAGCCCAAAUAGGAAAUUUGUAGCUGUUGUAAAGAAAGGAAGCAAACCAAGUAUGUCCAUUUAUGAUAUGGCUUCACUCUCAUGUGUGAAAAACUUAGGAAUUCCAUUUGAAAGUGCUGCUCAUGAAUUUGUUUCUGUUAGCUUCACAUUUGACAGCAAAAAUUUAGUUGCCAUUUUAGGAUCACCUGACUGGACAAUGCUGUAUUAUAACUGGCAAAAUGGAAAAGUUGAGAGUUCAACAAAAGCUGUACCACCAAACAGCAGUGGAUCAGUUUCACAAGUGGUGUGCAACCCAAGUGAUGGAUCUGUUGUAUGUAUUGUUGGUAAUGGCCUGUUCCGUCUCUUGAAUGUAACAGAGACAGUGUGGCGACAAUUUGGUUAUCAGAAAGCUGACACAAUACCUAUAAUAUGUGUUUGUUGGCUGACAUUUGACUGUGUAAUCUGCGGAACAAAGGAUGGACGGCUGCUAUUGAUCGAAUCAGGAGAGCUGAAAGCUAUGUAUAAAGCUUCUGAAAUAAGCCACAUUGACAUAAAAUUGAAAGACGAAAGUGCAACUUCCUCCUCCUCAAAUAUAACUGCAGUUGAUAAGGAUUCAUCAUGCCUAAGCAUUGAGGUGCAUGAUAUAGAAGUGUUCCCAAGAGGUUUUGCCUUUUCAUGUGGAAUGGGAGCAGUCCAUCUUUUUGAGAAGAAAUCUAGUUACAUAUAUGAGAAAAUAAAUAUAAUUGUGAUUCCAAAACCUGACUUUUCUGACAGACUCCUUGAUCUCAACUACAUUCAGAACUUAAAUGUUGACAUCAAAGGCAAUCAACUUCUUGCUACAACAAAUUGCUCACAAAUAUAUACAGCACAAUUGUGGGAAUCAGACGGUGUCCAGGGGACAACAAAAACAUUUAGUCUGUUGGGUGAACAGUUGCACCAUGGCCCUAUCACAAGUCUGACUUCAUGUCCAUGGAAACCCAUAUUCAUGACCUGUGGUGAAACUGACAGAACUGUUAGGAUAUGGAACUACCAAACUGAAAAACAGGAACUAAUAAAACAGUACCAAGAAGAAAUAUAUUGUGUAGCACUACAUCCAACAGGUCUUUAUACAGCUAUUGGAUAUUUUCAUAAGUUGACAUUAAUGGUAAUUUUGAUUGAUGAUCUCCAUCCAAUGAAAGACUUUCCAAUACAGAAAUGCAGAGAAUGUGUUUUUAGUACAAAUGGACAUUUACUUGCUGCUGUAAAUGAAAAUGUAAUUCACAUCUAUUCCUGUAUUUCAUUUGAAAAUAUUAUGAACCUGAAAGGCCACAAUGGGAAGAUACUUGGUCUUUCGUGGACAAAUACAGAUGAUAAAUUAAUAUCUUGUGGAGCUGAUGGAGCUGUUUAUGAAUGGGACAUUCUAAAAGGAAACAGAAUGAAUGAAAUUAUAAUAAAGUCUUGUAUGUUUACUGGGGUGUGUGUUACUUCUAGUGGUGACUUUUCAUUUGGUGUGGGCACUGAUGGACAGCUUAGACAAAUGAAGAAUUCUGCUGUGAUCACAUCUUUGCAAGUUACUGUUGAGAAACUUAACUGUGUGGUGCUUACACACAAUAAUUUGAUCUUAUUUAUAGCAUCAACAUCUGGUACUAUAAUGUCAGUAAGCUUUCCUUUCCAUGAGACUACUGAGAUUAUUCAACACAAAAUGCACAGUUAUGCUGUUACAAGAAUGUGUGUAACACAUGAUGACAAAAUCCUAGUUACAUCCUCUGAAGAUGGAACUUUGUGUUUAUGGAAAAUUAUUUCAUCUGAAGUCAAGCCAAGGGAACUGUCAUAUUCAGAAGAUAUAUUGAUCAAUAAGGGUUAUCUUCUGGAACUUCUCAAUUCUAUUAGAGCUUUAGAAGUAAGAAUGCAUGAACUAGAAGUAGAACAUGAUUAUCAGGUUAGACAAAAUGAAAUACGACACGCAGAAAAGCUGAGAGAUAUACAUGAUGAGUCUCAGAUGACUGUCAUCAAACUUAAUCAUAAAAUUGAGCAACUCGAAACUGAUCACACACUUGAGAUUGGUAAUAUGAAAGAUGAAAACAUUACAAUGAAACUUAACCAUGAAAGAGCUGUGCAAAAACUUGAAUCUGACUAUGAGAAAAAGUUAAUUGUGGAAUACAGCAAGCAUAAUUUACUACAAGAAGAGAUACAAAGUAUGAAACUGGAAUUUGAAAGAAAACUGGCAAAUUUGUCUCAAGAGAAAGUAACUGCUCUGGAGGAACUAAAACAGAUAUGUGAAUGUCAGGUGAAAGAAAAGGAACUCCAAUUAGAGAAACUAUGUAAGGAUAUAGAAAUUCAGCUAAAAGAUCAUGAAGCCAUUAAAUCACAAAUUGAAGAUGAUGCAGACAGAGAAAUAACAGACUUGAGGGCACAGUAUGAAAAAACCCUGAAAGAGGAAAGAGAUUUCAACGCUCAGUUGAGGACAGAAACUGGUGUAAUGAGAAAUAAAUUCAAAAGUAUUCUGAAAACUGUACUGCUGAUAACAGGGUUCAGUGAAAACAGUAUGGACAAGACUCAGCUAGAGCCACUCCACCUCUCUGUUAUUCAAAGGGCUAGUGGAGUGUGCCAAGAGGAGGGAGGCAGCACUGAAAGCAGAGAUCAUUGUUUGGCCCCACUUUGGGAUCGACUGGUUUUUAUAUGUCACCACUCUGCACUAAUCAAGCUGCCAUGGUGGGGAACAAUUGAGCCAGUCCACCUCCAGAUUUAUUACGGACAUGAAUUCAGUUGUGUCCAGUUGAGCAUUACUGAGAGUUAUAGUUGCGAUGACAUGGGCACCAGCUGCUUCGCAAACAGUGCUGCUGCAGCUCACAUUGUUGAUUUUCAGCAACGGCAGGCACUCACCAAGUGCCUGGAGUUGCUGCAGUCUAGACACAAUUUGUUCAAGCUGGCUUCUCUGGGAAUUGUGGCUAGGAUGUGGGAUAAAUGUUUGCAUGACCUGCCACAUGCAUUGGGAUGGAUUGAAGAUAAAUGGGAUGUGCUUUUUCCUCUUGUUCAACUACUUGAGAGAAAUUCUACACUAAUACUAUCAUUGAAAAAGGCUUGCGAAAAGUGUACUAUAUUUCAUGCUGUACCUUGUUCUUCUGCUAAUUUACAAAUAGAUAAAGAAUUAAACCAAUUUUCACAAAAGGAUAUUGAAGAUUACAAGAAUCAGAUAAGCAUCAUGCAGACUGAACAUCGAGCAUUGUUGCAUAAUAUAUCUGGUUUGGAGAGUGAUAUAACUGACCUGAAAAAUGAAAUUUCAGAAAGGGAUAAGUCAGUUGAGGAGAAGGAGAAGAGAAUUUCGGAGCUAAUGAGAAAGGCUCAAGACCUAGAGAAGUUUAAAUAUGUCUUGAGCUUUAAAAUUGAAGAACUCAAAAGCCAGAUUGAACCAAAAGAUGCUGAAAUAAAAAGCAAGGAAGCACAAAUACAAAAUAUGGAAAAAGAGUUCAUGGAUUUGCAAAAAAUGAGAACUCACUUAAGACUCUGCAUAAAUGAUCUCAAUGAAAAGUUAAAAGGAAAGGAAGCUGCAUUACAUACAGUGCAGCAGGCAAAUUUGAAAAACAAAGCUACACUUUUACAGCUUCAAAAUGACCUGCAGCAAACAUCAGAGUUCAUCCAAGAUGCAGUGCAGCUAAAAUCAUUUGUAAAGAAACUGUACCAUAAAUACGGAGAAUUUAAAACAAAAGGAACUGAAGAUACCAAGAAAAUGGACAUGCAUGCUGAGUUAAUGCGUCAGAGACAGCAUCUUGAAGAAACAGUUCAGUCUCUUAGGAAUCAAGUAUACAAGAAUUCUUUGCAGAAGCAAAAGAAUGCUUCAAGGAUUAUGCAGGAAAACAAAGAAUUACUUACAGAACUCAACAUGCUCCGUAAGAAGCUUAAAGAAACACAAGAGCAUUGUGCAGAAAUGGAGGCAAUCAUUGGUGUUAAUAAACGAUGUAUGUCCCCAGAGAAAGCUCGUGCAUGUUUAGAAAAGGCCAUCAGAAACAAUGAGGCUAUUGAAUAUGAGUAUCAGCAAAAACUGAAUGAAAAUGAGACAACUAUAAGAUUGCUGAAUGAAGAGAUUCAACGACUUAUCAGAGUGAUAAAUAAAAAAAAUGAGAAUGCACAAGAGAAACUAUUAAUGCCAACGAGGGAACUGCAUAGAACUAAGUAAAGUGGAUACAAAAUGGCAAAUGCAAAUAAAUAAACAGCAAAUAACAUUAAAAUGUACAAAAAGACACUGAAGUUCAUAC